AUGUAUUCGACGUCCUUUGCUUUCUUUGAGGCGAUAUGGGAUGCAGGGGUCACACAUUGUUUCGUCAAUCUGGGAUCAGAUCAUCCAGGUAUGAUCGAGGCAAUGGUCCAGGGCCAGCGAGAAGCCAAGGGAAAAUUUCCGCGUAUCAUUACCUGCCCUAGUGAGAUGGUGGCAAUGUCCAUGGCAGAUGGCUAUGCUCGUUUAACUGGCAAGCCACAAUGUGUCAUUGUCCAUGUCGAUGUCGGCACGCAAGCUCUUGGCGUUGCCGUUCACAACGCUUCAAGCGGCCAUGCUCCCGUCCUCAUCUUUGCGGGCAUGUCCCCUUUCACUCAGGAGGGUGAGAUGCGCGGCUCACGUACUGAGUUUAUUCACUGGUUGCAAGAUGUACCUGACCAAAAGGCUAUCCUUGGGCAAUACUGCCGAUAUACAGCUGAAAUUAAAACCGGUGUCAACAUCAAGCAGAUGGUCAAUCGAGCCUUGCAAUUUUCCAGAACUGCUCCACAUGGCCCAGUCUAUCUCUGUGCUGCAAGAGAAGUCAUGGAAGCAGAGAUCAAGCCAUAUUCCAUCAACCAGAAACACUGGGAUCCGGUCGACCUAGGCGGGCUUUCCUCAAGGGCGGCGAGUAAUAUUGCCGAGUCAUUGGCCAAUGCUAAGAAGCCAUUGAUAGUGACUGGCUACUCUGGUCGCAAUCACAGCAUCCCUGACUCACUCGUCGAGUUAGCUGAUACUGUCAAAGCAUUGCGCGUGCUUGACACAGCGGGUAGUGACAUGUGCUUCCCUGGCAACCAUCCGGCGUGGCUUGGAGUUAGACAAGGCGCCGAUGAAUCCAUUCCGGAAGCCGACGUUAUCCUGGUUUUGGACUGCGAUGUUCCACAAAUCCUUGACUAUCUCAAGACAGGCGACUCAGCCAAGAUACUGGCAUCGAAAGACCAAACUGUGGCCGAAGAGACCCGCCAUCAGUCUUACUCUUCCAAGCUUCAACGUAUUGAUGACGCGGCCCAGCCAUUUUCUAAUGGCAGCUUCGGGACAGCCUAUCUGAGUAAAGUGCUGCGUACCGUCUGUCCAGAGAAUACCAUAUGGGCUGUCGAGGCAGUGACAAAUACAGGCUUUAUCCACGAUAACGUAAGGCCAACACAACCAGGCUCCUGGAUCAAUUGCGGAGGCGGUGGCCUUGGCUGGUCUGGCGGUGGUGCUCUAGGUAUCAAGCUGGCUACUGAUGCCGAGGGAAAAGGCCAAUUCGUUUGCCAAGUUGUAGGUGAUGGAACAUAUCUCUUUUCCAUACCUGGAAGUGUCUACUGGAUCUCUAAACGAUACAACAUUCCCAUAUUAACCAUCGUAUUGAACAAUAAUGGAUGGAACGCGCCGAGAAAAUCUUACAUGUUGAUUCAUCCUGACGGUGUGGCUGCUCAGGCAACUAAUGAGGAAAUGAACAUUUCGUUCAGUCCAUCGCCGGAUUAUGCUGGCAUAGCAGCGGCAGCUGGAGCAGGUGAUAUCCAUGCGCUGAAGGUGACAAAGGCUAGUGAGCUCGAAAGCAUUCUUAGAGAUGCAGUAGCCAAAGUCAAGGCUGGAAAGACGGCUGUUGUAGAUUGCAAAGUAGUACCCGACUGUUAG